AUGAAGUUCUCCACCACUCUGAUCGCUCUCGUUGCCGCCGGCCUCGCCAGCGCCCAGCUGCCCGAUGUGCCCGCCUGCUCGCUGAGCUGCUUCCUCUCUGCCCUCCAAGCCGAUGGCUGCUCCGACCUGCUCGACUUCGCCUGCCACUGCCAGAAGCCCGAGCUUGUGACCAGCAUCACCCCUUGUGUUGAGAAGGCCUGCGAGCACAACGACCAAGUCUCUGUCUCCAACGCUGUCGUUGGCCAGUGCUCUUCCGCCGGCCACCCCAUCUCGAUCCCUCCCAUCGAGACCACCGCUGCCUCCGCCCCCAGCACCACCAAGGCCAGCUCGAGCUCCGCUCCCGCUGAGACCUCCGCUGAGCCCACCGAGACUCCCAGCUCGAGCUCCAGCGCUGUCGAGUCCUCCUCCAGCGCCGCCGAGUCCUCCAGCGCCGUUGAGACCUCCUCCUCCGCUGUUGAGACCGCCCCCGCUCCCGGUACCACCUCCACUAAGCCCACCGCUGCUGGCUCUUCCUCCGGUGCUGUCACCUCCACCCCGCUGGUGACCAAGACCGGCUCGGCCACUGCCUCUUCAACCUCCCCCGCCUUCAACGGCGCUGGCAGUGUCAAGGGCAACCUCGCUGGUGUUGCUGCCAUCGCCGCCGCUGCCGCUUACGUCCUGUAA